AUGGCCACCCUCGAUGACUUUACUGAGUUCGCAUUACUCACCGAAGCUAUUGCGAAGGAUCCUUUGCAGCCCAUUGCCGUUAAAACAAAGGCCGAAUGGGAUUUUCAAUUGAAGUCCCAUGCUCCAGAAGCCGCCAACCUCUACCAAAGAAUUCCCGCAUUAGCGCGUGAUGAAUAUGGACUAGAAAACUUGGGCGACUUUUGCGACGCUUAUCGAAGGCCCAGAAGCAUUCUCCCCCCUGAUGAAGAAAAUACUGAGCUGCCGAAAACUUUGCAAGUUUGUGGAGUGGAGAUGAGAUAUGCCCGACCUCCAGGCAUCCCCGGAUCCGAUUCAGAGCUCACUGAUUCGGACUUUGAGUCCGACCGCGACAGUAUUUUAAGCGCGCAGGAUCUCGAAGAAAGCUCUGAUAAGCUCGCCGCUUCGACAACUUCGUAUGAAUCACACAUAGUUGCGGUGGAGAAACCGUCUGCUGUCAAGACCACAAAACAAGCUAAAGGCAGAACUUCCGAAGGAUUUGAGAAUUCUUUCCCGCAACAAACCCCAGCUGCUCAUGACACCGUUGUUGAUAGUGUUAUGAAUUCGAAGAAUUCUGAUGAAUCGCUCGAAAUCCACGACGAGACCUGCGAUACAGUGGUAAGGGACCACAAUGAGGGGACGCACAAUUCAAAGUUUUACAAUACUGGGAAUCUCGACACGAAGACUGAGAACGAGGAUCAGAGCGAGCAGAGCUCUGAGGCAGCCGGUUCAAGCAGCGAACUGGUUUAUGGGUAUGCAUCCACGGUUUCACCAAGUUCUCGUCGCAUGUCCCGAGUAUCGAUAGCUGGGAUGGCUCAUUAUCGACGUUGUUCAGUAAGCACAGGUGUGCAGCCUGAACUCACUGCUAGGGACUUUAUGGCAUCUCCAGCGGACGUUCGAGAGGCAAAGCGCCGCAGCAUCGUCGAGAUGCGUGAAUCUAGGAAAAGCGUCGCAUUCAGCAGCAUUAAUGUUCUCGGAUUUCACACGGCGGUCCAUUCGAGAAGUGAGGUCUUCGUCUGUGAAGUUGCUGGAAGGCCAAUCGAGUUGGUUAUCGCGAACUGCUCUCGGCCUGAGAUAGGUGGCGCCGGGACUCAGUGUUCGGCAGCGGACAUUGACGGAGCGAUGGAUGCCCUCUUUGCUGAGAUUCUGCCCGCUGUGAAUGUACCUCCCAAGAGGGAGAAGAUAGACGCCGGUGUCCAAUGGACCGGUGGUCCUGAAGCAUCACAAUGCAACACAAGAGAUUUCCAGGAUGAGAUCCGCACACCUGAUAAGUCAAUGCCAAGCCCGAACACUUCCGAAGAGCUUUCGAGCCCGCUGCCGACUGCUCCUUCCCGCGGGAUGCUACGAAAAUCCGCUCCUGCAAGCAUUGCAAUUUCAGGCAACGCUUUCAGUCGAAGAAAUGAGCGGAAGGUCGCAACUCGAAUAACUUCUGGAAAACAGAAGGAUGGGGAAACGACAAUCAAGACCGCAAGGCAAACUGAGGAGAGCAAUGCAAAAGAGCCUCAUCUUGUGCAAGAGAGCGCUUUGCAAGCAAUAGAUGAAGCGAUGCAACUAGUUGAGACCAUGGAGCAUGAGGUCGAGAAGGUUUUUGAGGGUGUACAAGUCCCUGAAAACGAGCUGCCGGUUUCUGACAGAGUAUUUGCUGCCGAAACAAAGCAGAAGCGUUCCAUUGCCGAUAAGCUGUCCAUUGCCGAUACCUCAGGUAUCGACAGGCCCUCGAUAGAUAUCACUGCAGGUGACACACAGCAUGAAGCAGAAGACGAGCAGGUUGUUAAUGCUGCCGGGGACGUUCCCGAUGUACAAAUGGACGAUGAUGAAGACUUUGGGGUCGAUGACAUGGGCUUCCCCGAUGACGAAUACGAAGCAGAGCCUGAAGCUACUACUACUACGACCGAAGUCGUUCCAAGUUUAAAUGAUGAAGUCCGGGCGACUGAUUCGGACAAUGAAGUGUCGUCGUUUUCGAGGCAACGAAACGCGACAUUAAUGGAAACCAGAGUCGACGUUGAACCGCAUGGACGUGAGCCAAGCGGGGAAGAGAACAUCUCGACAAGAAACAAGAAACGCGUUCGUGGGAAGAAACCGCGUACAUCUAAAACGCGAAACGGAAAGAAGUCCGGAAGUAAGGGGACGGCUAAGCGGGAUGCAUCACGUGGCGAGUUAAAACGCCUUGGGCUAUCGUCUGUUUAUCUACCAAAGGAUGAAAAAACGCCAGAAGAGGGAGGCGAUGGUAAACAGCCCCGUCGAAGUAAGCGUCGAAAGUUCCCCCCUCUUCAGUAUUGGAAAAAUGAGAAGAAGGUGUAUGAAAGGAGGAUGAGUCAGCUCUUGCCGACUAUUUCCGAGGUGGUGGUAGCCGUAGAUCAAGUGGAUGGGAAGGAGAGCGAUGUUGCAUGGGGGGAUUUGCGGUCGCGAGGUGUUGUGGGCUCCCGUAGAUAA